AUGGCCAAUUGCCAAUACGGUUUUGAUACGGCCGCCGUUGCUGGGUUCCAGGCAAUGAUCGGCUUUCUCGAGGUAUACGGUUAUAAGGACCCCAAGGUCAAAAGCGGCUGGAAUAUUCAUACCAAGCCUCAACAGCUAAUCUCCAGCUUCCUCAAUGUCGGCACGAUCCUUGGAGUCAUUCUCGCCGGGCCGUUUGCACACAGGUUCGGGCGCAGGCCGGCAAUCUGGGUGGCUGCGGUGGUGUCAAUGGUCGCCUGCGGUGUCCAAGUCGGCGUUAAUAGUCUGGCUGGGCUGUAUGCUGGCCGAAUUCUUCUCGGCCUUGGAAAUGGCUUCUUCAUUCUCUUUUCGAAUACGUAUACCGUGGAAGUCUCUCCAGCGCAUCACCGAGCUAUCCUCGCAUCGUUCUUCGGGUUCUGGGUGAAUACCGGCAGCAUCCUGGGUGCGGUUGCGGACAAUUACAGCAAGAACAUGCUGAACAAGCAUGCGUACCAGAUCCCUCUUGCUGCACUGUUCGCGAUUCCAUUCCUGUUGAGCAUCUUCAUGAUCUUCGUGCCAGAGUCGCCGCGCUGGCUUCUUCUCCAUAACAAGACGGUCGAAGCCCGAAACGCACUCCAACAAUUGCGUGGAACUUCCCUGUCACCAGAAUUGCUCGACGAAGAAUUCAUCGAGAUGCAACGAGGCAUUGAACAUGAGAAGGAGCUGGCUUCCACAACUUCAGUUUUGGACAUCUUCAAGAACACUGACCUGAGGCGAACGAUCUUGUCUGCGGGUGCCAUUGCAUCGCACGCUGCUUCUGGGGUUUGGUUCACCAUUUCGUACGGAACCUUCUUCUACCAAAUGGCUGGCAUCAGAAACCCCUUCCAGACUACGAUUAUCCAGAACUGUAUGGGUCUCUUCGGUGCCUUGUGUGGAAUGUUUCUGAUGCACAAAUUCUUUGGACGUCGUCCCAUGUUGCUCAUCGGUGCUGGGGGCUGCUGUAUCUGCAUGCUGGCUAUUGGACUGCUGAGCAUUGCCGGCAAAUCCAAGGAUGCAGGAAAAGCACUUGUUGGCUUUGCUCUGAUGUUCAACUUCUUCUACAAUGGUUUCACUGGUACAAUCACGUGGCCGAUCGCGGGCGAACUCGUCAGCUCUCGACUAAGAGUCUUCAGCGUCGGUCUGGGGACAGGUAUCAACUACUUCUUUAAUUGGCUCAUCUCGUACUGCACGCCAUUCUUCCUGAAUGCCGAUGAUUUGAACUGGGGAGCAAAGUAUGGAUAUAUCUGGGUUGGGUCAAAUGCAAUUGCAUUUAUUUUCUUCUUCCUCCUCAUUCCCGAGACGAAAGGUCGAAGCCUUGAGGAAAUUGAUGAGAUGUUUGUCAAUAAGGUUCCGAGAAGGCAAUUCAAGACCUAUCACUGUGUAUCCUCUGAGAGAGCCAAGGAAAUCGCCAUUAAGGACGUGAGUAUGGCUGAGAAGGCGGAAGUCAGCAUUCACACUGAGGUCUUGUAA